AAUAAUAAUAAUAAUAAUAAUAAUAAUAAUAAUAAUAAUAAUAAUAAUAAUAAUAAUAAUAAUAAUAAUAAUAAUAAUAAUAAUAAUAAUAAUAAUAAUAAUAAUAAUAAUAAUAAUAAUAAUAAUAAUAAUAAUAAUAAUAAUAAUAAUAAUAAUAAUAAUAAUAAUAAUAAUAAUAAUAAUAAUAAUAAUAAUAAUAAUAAUAAUAAUAAUAAUAAUAAUAAUAAUAAUAAUAAUAAUAAUAAUAAUAAUAAUAAUAAUAAUAAUAAUAAUAAUAAUAAUAAUAAUAAUAAUAAUAAUAAUAAUAAUAAUAAUAAUAAUAAUAAUAAUAAUAAUAAUAAUAAUAAUAAUAAUAAUAAUAAUAAUAAUAAUAAUAAUAAUAAUAAUAAUAAUAAUAAUAAUAAUAAUAAUAAUAAUAAUAAUAAUAAUAAUAAUAAUAAUAAUAAUAAUAAUAAUAAUAAUAAUAAUAAUAAUAAUAAUAAUAAUAAUAAUAAUAAUAAUAAUAAUAAUAAUAAUAAUAAUAAUAAUAAUAAUAAUAAUAAUAAUAAUAAUAAUAAUAAUAAUAAUAAUAAUAAUAAUAAUAAUAAUAAUAAUAAUAAUAAUAAUAAUAAUAAUAAUAAUAAUAAUAAUAAUAUUUAUAAUAAUAAUAAUAAUAAUAAUAAUAAUAAUAAUAAUAAUAAUAAUAAUAAUAAUAAUAAUAAUAAUAAUAAUAAUAAUAAUAAUAAUAAUAAUAAUAAUAAUAAUAAUAAUAAUAAUAAUAAUAAUAAUAAUAAUAAUAAUAAUAAUAAUAAUAAUAAUAAUAAUAAUAAUAAUAAUAAUAAUAAUAAUAAUAAUAAUAAUAAUAAUAAUAAUAAUAAUAAUAAUAAUAAUAAUAAUAAUAAUAAUAAUAAUAAUAAUAAUAAUAAUAAUAAUAAUAAUAAUAAUAAUAAUAAUAAUAAUAAUAAUAUUUAA